UCUCCACUACAGCUUUGCUCCUUUGUCUGUCUGUCCAUCUCCCCUGGCCUGGCGCUGCUGAAAUUUCCUCGAUCCAUAGACAUGUCUGCAAGUUCUUUGCGGAAUAGGAUCGUUGACCCGUAGACAAGGGUGAGCUGAGUCGUCGGAAAUUGCAAUAGUCUUGCAUUUUUUUUAGCUGGGGGAGGAAUAAUCUUGAUUCUUCAAGUUGAGCUGGGCGAGGAAUAAUCUUCAUGCUCACAAGUCACUGAUUUGUAGCGAUUUAGAGAAGUUGCAGUAAAUCUGAAUUACUCCAGUGUGCAGAUUUGCAGUAAACUUUAUUACUCCAGUGUGGAUUUGCACUGAUUUGGAGUAGCUUUGAUGCAGUAGGCUUUUCAGUUUUUAGUAACAUCUGUGUUUUAGGCCCUCUGUUACGAAUUGUUGUGAGGAUAUGAGUAUGCAGUAGUGUGCAGAUUUGCACUGAUGAGAAAUGCAGUGACCAACACAAAUUUUGGAGUAGCUUGUUUGAUCUACAGUUGGGAAGGAGAUUAAUAGAGGUACUGUCAGUAGUUUGUGUUAAUCUUGGGCUGCUGCUGUCAGUAUCUUGUGUUAAUUUUGGUGCAGUAGCUGCUGCUACUGCUUGUUUGAUCUACAGUUGGAGUACUCCUGUAACAACUUGUUUGAUCUAGAAGGAGUAGUUUUCUGACUUCUUAGAAUUAUCUCUCUUGCAACAACUUGUUUAUCCUUUCACUCAUAUCCUCACAACAACGUUUUCACCUGUAUAUUGGGUGGUUGCAGCCAUCAAUGACCCUGCUAACCGAAAGAACUGCAGCAGACCCUACUAACUGAAAGAACUGCAGCCAUUAAUUAAGAUAAUCUGAAACCUUUUCUUUUAAUUAACUUAAAACUUCCAGUAAAAUUAAGAUAAACUAAAACCAUUUCUUUCAAUUAACGUAAAAUUAUCUGAACCAUUUGUCCUCUCUUACUCUCUUCUUUUUCAGUAAAGUGUAGGAGUAAAAUAAAAUGAAACCUUUUCCUUUAACUAACUUAAAAUCUUUUUGCAUCAAGGUUGACCCCGUCUCCUCUUUGAUGGAACAUAUUCUUCUUCUUCUUCUCUUUGAACAAGACCUUUGAACUUGAUAACCGGCCGGCCGGAGUAGAUUGGUUGAAUUUGGGUGUGUGGUAACUGCAGCUUGUUUUCCUCUCACCAUGGGGCUGGGUAAACUGCAGUUAUUAGUUAAACUUCCCUGAUUUGUUUUCUUCUCGAUUUGGCCAGAUGGAUCAAAUGUACUGAAACUUUGCUUAUUCUCAUGAAGCAGCUGUAGCUUCUUUUGAAAGUUGUCGUAUGUAGCUUGUGUUAAUUUGUCUACUGAAACUUGGGCUACUGAAGCUUGUUAACUUGCAUAAUAUUGUGAACUUAAUUGUUGCUUGCAUAUUAAUGACAGUAAAAUCAUGAUAUGAGUAGUUUCUGUAAAAUCAUGACAUGCCAUACAAGCUACUCAAACUCAGGAGUAGUUUCAGUAAAAUCUAUUCUAUGGACUUGAUGUUUAGUUUUAUUUAAAAUUAGGAGUAGGAGUAGCUCUUGGAGUAGGAGUAGGAGUAGUUCUUGGAGUAUGAGUAGGAGUAGGAGUAGUUCUUGGUUAAUUAAACCUUUUCAUUUAAUUAAAACUAAACUGAACUACUCUUCUCCUCUCCUCUCGUCUCUUUCAUUUGUCUUCUCUUUCUCUUUUGCCCUCUUACAAUAGUGCAACAAUAUGAGACCUAAAUCAAAUGAAACCAAAUGAAACUUUCACUAAUGGAGUACUCCUAUUUCUCUCUUCUUUUCUCUUCUUUCUUUCUUCUUGGAGUGCUUGAUUAUCUUCCAGUUCUCUCUCUCUCUCUCUCUCUCUGUGUGUGUGUGUGUGUGUUGCCCUCUCUUCUUACUUUCUCUCUCUUCCAGUGCCCUCUCUUCUUCUCUCUUAAUUAAACAAAAAUGAUCACACAAAUGAUGCACUCCUCACAAAAUUAAAUUAAACUUUUCAAACAAAAAUGAUCAUAUAUAUGGAGUAAAAUCCAGUCCAUAGAAGCCUUUUGCAAACAUAUGGAGUAAUUUCACAAGGGGUUUACAUAUACUGCACACAAACAAGGAGUUACACACAUACUCCACACAAAUAAUCACAAGCAUCUUAACAAGCAACUCCUCCAGCAUCUCAACAAGCAUCUCGACAAGCAACUCAACAAGCAUCUCCUCAAGCAUCUGAACUAGCAUCUCGACAAGCAACUCCUCAAGCAUCUCAACAAGCAUCUCCUCAAGCAUCUCAACAAGAAACUUCUCAAGCAUCUCCUCAAGCAUCUCGACAAGCAACUCCUCAAGCAUCUAAACUAGCAUCUCGACAAGCAACUCCUCAAGCAUCUCAACAAGCAUCUCGACAAGCAACUCCUCAAGCAUCUCAACAAGCAUCUCCUCAAGCAUCUCAACAAGAAACUUCUCAAGCAUCUCCUCAAGCAUCUCGACAAGCAACUCCUCAAGCAUCUAAACUAGCAUCUCGACAAGCAACUCCUCAAGCAUCUCAACAAGCAUCUCGACGAGCAACUCCUCAAGCAUCUCGACAAGCAUCUCCUCAAGCAUCUCAACAAGUAUCUCGACAAGCAACUCCUCAAGCAUCUCAACAAGCAACUCGACAAGCAUCUCGACAAGCAACUCCUCAAGCAUCUCAACAAGCAUCUCGACGAGCAUCUCAACAAGCAUCUCGACAAGCAACUCAACAAGCAUCUCCUCAAGCAUCUGAACUAGCAUCUCGACAAGCAACUCAACAAGCAACUCUCUCCAUUAUCCCAAGAUUGUGCAGGGCAUUUGCAUAUACCUCUUGAGGGCAUGUGGGGUGUAGUUGAGGUCUGGGAGAUCCAUGUUCUCCAGGCAACUAAAAAGAACUUUCAAGAUUGUUUUAAAGAAGGGCUAUUGAAAAAAGAUGUGUGAGGGCAUCAGUCACUCUCAUGCCGGCAUGCCGCACUUUCAGCUAGCAGGUGAAAGAGACCCUCUUAUGGGAAUAAUGGAGUACAGAAAUGAUAGUGGGUUCAAAGUAAGGCUGAGAGGGAGUAAUGGGCGAGGAGAUGAACCUAGGAGAGCAAAAUUGAGAACUCCAGCUAAAGCAGCUCCUGCCCAGCGGCGAGGACUUCAGCGGCAGCAGCACCUGUGCAUGGGGAGGAACAGCCCUUGGGCGCGCGUAGGCAGCAGCUCGCCUCCACUAGCGGGCGGCAGCAGAGCACCAGCUCGCCUCCACCAGCGGCCGGCAGUAGAUCAGCACCUCGUCUCCACCAGCGGGCGGCAGCAGAGCACCACCUGGGCGCGCGGGGGCCGGGAGGAGCCCCUGGCGUGGGAGAGGAGCGCGGGGGUGGAGGGCAGGUGGCGGAGCCGCGGAGGCGGAGGUGGAGUGCCGGGGCGGAGGUGGAGGGCGGGUGGCAGAGCCGCGGAGGCGGAGGUGGAGUGCCGGGGCGGAGGCGGAGGUGGAAGACGCUGAGGAAGAUGACGGACAGAUUCAAAGUUUGAACUGGGGGCAUAAAGGUCCAUUUGCCCAUUUUCACCUGGUCGGAACAUAUUCCCCAGCGACAUACAUUUCGGAACAGAGGGAG